AUGUUGAAUGUAGAUCUCAUCGUCGGUUUUAUGGGUCCAGGUCUGGUUUGCGUCGAAGCGUUUGAAGAACCAGAAGGCUACAUUGGCCAUCUACUUUUCGCCAGAGGAUGUGAAUUCCUUCAUGUUGUUCGUCUUUGCGGGCCUGGUCAAUUUCGAAGAUUGAGAAUCAUGGUGGGAUCAGUGACGUUGGUGGUCUCGAAGGAAGUGAAUUCCUUCAUGUUGUUCGUAUGUGCUGAACCGAAGACAUCUGAUCCCUACUCUUCCUGUUUGCCACCGUUGGCAGCAAAAGCUUCGAUUUCAUUCCAUGUAUCCAGUAUAGUCAUUGUUCACUGUCCGAUAGAUGAUCAGGAAAUGGACAAAGACCAAUGUCUGUGCGGACAUAACUUGCAUUCAUCCUAAAAGUGCAAUCAGAACGCCGCAGAGGAUCACCUGCCUCGCUUUGGUUUGCCUCCCUUCCGUCCUUGAUAUUGUCUGUUCAUUUCCCGAGUACUUUUACUGGAAAGAAGAACGACAACCUUUGAUGAAAAUUACACCCAGCAGUUAACAUCCAGAAAACUCGUCAUUUC